AUGGCUACCCUGUACAUUGCACACCUUCAAUCGAAAAUGUUUCUUCCGAGCGUUCACGCAGAGACCGACAAGGAGGGCCAAAACUCAGCUCAGAUAGACUUUUUGCAAUGCACCCAUGUUCCCUGUGUUCUCGAUCUGCCUGAAGAAUAUGGGGGCACAGAGCCCCGCAUCCGCGCCCAUAUCGCCAAGCGAAACCCCCAGGUGAAGGCUAUUAUUGAAGCCGUCGACGAGAAGCCACCAAAUGUUCUGGAGCUCGACAACGAUGUCUUGGUACUUUUCAACGGAAAGUACGAUCAUUAUGUCACUCCGAAGUAUUAUACAGAGACCAAACCUAGCACUGGAAAGGUUGUUCCCACUUGGAACUAUUCUGCCGUUCAGGUGUACGGCAAAUUGUCACUGUAUUAUGAUUCGAAGACCCCCGAGGCUGGGGCCUUCCUCGCCCAACAGCUUCACAACUUGUCUCAACACACCGAGACAACAGUCAUGGGCUAUACCGGUGGUGAUAAGCCACAGCCAUGGACGGUUUCUGAAGCUCCAAAAUCCUACAUCGAUCUUCUCAAGCACAACAUUGUGGGAAUUGAGGUCAAAAUCACUCAAAAUGAGGGCCGGUAA